UAUGAUGUAGGACUCAGACUGGCUCUGUCUGAGAAGCGCGCUGUUCAGUUGCCUUACGAGCCGUGAACACGACAAGACGACGGAAAGACUAAAAAUGAACAGCAACUUAACCCCAGCAAAAAAUCCUGAUUUUAGAGAACAGCAGGAGCUUCAGGAUAUUGAUGAAAAUGGCUCUACUCGUUUUCAAGUGGAUAUAGUAGAUGCAGAGAACGACGACAAGGAAAAUGACUAUAUGACAUCGUCAACUCCUAACCAACAGUAUUCGUAUGUGUAUGACUCACGUUAUAAAAGUUGGGGUCAGCUGACGAGGGAAGUACCACCAAGGGUAGAGCACUACAGGGAUCUUUCGAUUCAGCAUCAAUAUCGGCCAACACUAGAUGAACUGCACGAGAGAAAUAUUCCAGAAAAGAGUGAUGGAGAAGACAAAGUUGAAGCACAACAGCAAAAGAAAGGAAAGGUCAUUAAGUUUGGAUGGCUGGAAGGAGUAUUUAUGCGAUGCUUGCUCAACAUCUGGGGUGUUAUGCUCUUCCUUCGACUGUCCUGGGUUGUUGGUCAAGCUGGAAUUGGAGAAGGAACAGCAAUAAUAUGCCUUGCCAACAUAGUGACAUUGGUGACAACCAUUUCUAUGUCUGCUGUUUGUACAAAUGGCCAAAUUAAAGGAGGUGGUAUAUACUACAUGAUAUCAAGAUCACUGGGACCAGAGUUUGGUGGAGCAAUUGGCCUCAUGUUCACACUGGCCAAUUCAGUUGCAGUGUCAAUGUAUAUUGUGGGCUUCUGUGAGUCACUCCAGGAUUUACUCAGGACCUUUGGUACCACUCUCAUUGAUGGAGCAAGUAACGACAUUCGUGUGGUUGGCCUUGUAACCCUUAUAGGCAUACUUGUUCUUGCAAUAGUUGGCAUGGACUGGGUUACAAGGACGCAAAUGUGCUUGCUUUUUGUUUUAAUUGCUUCUCAAAUUGAUUUUAUGGUUGGAAGCUUCCUGGGACCUCAGGAUGAUGAAGAAAUAGCAAAAGGAUUUGUAGGAUACAAUUCAGAAACAUUCAGGUCAAACCUGGGACCAGAUUAUCGCAACUAUGAGGGAGUUGAUCAUGACUUCUUCUCUGUCUUUGCUGUAUUCUUCCCAGCUGUAACUGGUAUUGUGGCGGGAGCCAAUCUGUCAGGAGACCUUAAGGACCCCAGUAGUGCCAUUCCUGUAGGCACUCUGCUGGCCAUCUUCGUCACAUUUUUGUCUUACAUAGGCUAUGCAUUCAUGAUGGGAGGUUGUGUGCUCCGCACAGCUUCUGGAAAUGUAACAGAAUACCUUCAAGUUAAAGGUGAACCUGAUGAAUGGGCAGUCUUCAGCAACUGUACUGAUCGAAGCUGUCUAUAUGGACUGCACAAUGAUAGUCAGGCCAUGGAGUUGGCUUCAUCAUGGGGCCCAUUAAUCUAUGGAGGCUGUUUUGCAGCCACCUUAUCAUCUGCCAUUGCUAGCCUUGUUGGAGCACCCAGAGUUCUCCAGGCUUUGGCGAAAGAUAAACUGUAUCCAUUUAUAGGCUUCUUCUCAAAGGGACAUGGAGCUAACAAUGAUCCAGUUCGUGGUUAUGUUCUGGUAUUUGUUAUAUCAUUUGGAUGCAUAUUGAUUGCUCAGCUGAAUGCUAUAGCACCUUUGCUUUCAAAUUUCUUCCUGGCUGCCUAUGCCCUCAUCAAUUUCUCAGUAUUUCAUGCAUCCAUUUCUAAGAGUCCAGGCUGGAGGCCUGCAUUCAAGUAUUACAAUGCUUGGGUGAGUCUUGCUGGAACAUUGCUGUGCAUUGCUGUCAUGUUCCUUAUGUCUUGGGUGAUGGCACUCAUCACAUUUGUGGUCGUCAUCACACUCUAUCUCUACGUCUCCUACCGCAAGCCAGAGGUAAACUGGGGCAGCUCAACACAGGCUCAUUCAUACAGCUCUGCACUCAAGGCAAUGCUUGAACUAAAUCGAGUAGAAGAACAUGUCAAAAACUUCCGCCCACAAGUCCUUGUUCUUACUGGUAUGCCCGGAUCCAGGCCCCCUCUUGUUGACUUUGCAUACCUCAUCACAAAGGGACUGUCUUUGCUUGUAUGUGCUGAUAUUCUCAAGGGAACCCACUCCCAGAGAGUUCAUGAUGCUCUAACCAGAAAAGCAUACCACUGGUUAAUACGACAUAAAGUGAAAGCAUUUUUUAAUAUUGUAGAAGAUGACAGCUUUGAAGCUGGCUCUCAAGCAUUGAUGCAGAUCUCAGGACUUGGUAAACUUCGUCCAAACAUGAUUCUUAUGGGAUACAAAGGAAAUUGGAGAACAUGUGAUCGAGAAGAACUUAAGCAGUACUUCAACGUUAUCCAUAAUGCACUGGAUCGAUACCUUGCUGUUGGCAUAUUGAGGGUACAAGAAGGACUUGACUACUCAGGUGUAAUUCAAGAUGAGGAGUUUGUGCCAAUCUCAAAAUUGGACAAAAAGGAUGCAGAGGAGAAAAUGAGACGCAACGAAUCAACAAACCAACUUGAAUCACAAGAUGUGAAUAUCACUGUCUUAUCAGAUGCAUUGAGCAGUGACACAGAUAGUCCUCCAGUGACACCAAAGAUGCAACAUGGAGGAACUGUGAACUGUGACCCAGCAGCAACAGAGAAAUUGCUUCAGUCUAGUACUACAGUGACAAUUACUUCCAAGAAAAUGAGAAAAGUGUCAAAAAAUCAUAAGUCAAGCUUUCCAACAUAUGUUGGUCCUGGAGGAGAGCCUCUACCAAAAUCCAUCUUGAACAACAUUACACAAUUCCAGAGAAAGCAGCCCAAAGGUCUAAUUGAUGUGUGGUGGCUGUACGAUGAUGGAGGCCUGGCACUUUUAAUUCCAUAUAUAUUGAGUACACGAUCACAGUUUUCUGGCUGUCAGCUGCGCAUCUUCUCUCUUGCAAGCAAAAGAGAUGACUUAGAUAAGGAUCAAAGGAAUCUUGCAGCUCUUCUGUCCAAGUUUCGGAUUGACUACAGUGAUGUUGUCAUUAUCUCUGACAUCCACAAAAAAGCUAUGGAAUCCACCAGAAAAGAAUUUGAAAUUUUCAUUCAGCCUUUCCGAGUUAAGGAUGAAGAAAAUUUUGAGACUUCCAAGGCCAUAGAGCAAACCUACAUCACUGACUCAGAACUAAUUGCACUGAGGGAAAAAACUAACAGACACAUGCGAAUACGUGAACUCUUACUCCAGUAUUCAAAGGAAUCUACAUUCAUUGUUAUGGCACUGCCAAUACCUAGGAAAGGCGUUGUUUCUGCUCCUUUGUAUAUGGCCUGGCUUGAAUUGCUCACCAAGGGGAUGCCUCCAUACCUCAUUAUUCGAGGCAAUCAGACUUCAGUCAUCACAGUUUACUCAUAAGAAUCUGCCGGUCCAUCACCACCACAUUAGCAACGUAGAAACAUACAGCACCUUUCUUCAAAGUACAGAACAAAUAAAGAGUUAUAACAUGCUGAGCUUAUAGUGGAUGCCAGAGAAUAAAGUCUUUUAUAGUGAUUAUUCUUUAUUGGAUAAGUUCCACAACAAACAGGCAGUGUGUAUGUGCCAUACCAGCAUUUUAAUUCAUAGAAGAUAUUUGACAAAAACAAAAAAUGUUUACAUUCCAGAACUCAUAUUAGCAUGCUAAUGCAUUUAAAAUCUAUGUUUAUUUACAUAAUUAUUGUCAUAAAAUGACACUGAUGCCACAACAGAGUAAAAUUUAUGUUUGUCAUCCAGAAGUAGGAAAUUUAAUUCCUAUGCUACUGCAAUUUUGGCAGCCAAACUUAUUUCAGGAGUAUUUACAGUAAACCCUCGAUAGCUUGGAUUAAUUGGGGGACACCUGGAUUAAGCAGUAAUCCAGAUUAGUGAAGUAGAAGGUGGCCUUAAAAGACAACAAAAAACUUAGAACGCAAAUAAUGGUAAAUUCAAUAAUAUAGGUAGUGCUGAUGAAAAUAAAUAAAAAAAUGUCGCCAUGGAGCCUUUAUUUAAAGACAAUAAAAAGACAAACAUGUUUAUUCAUUGAUAGAAAACUAAGAAGUUAUACUUCUUUUUGAACAUAAUAAUUCAGGUUUGAAGAAACUGUCAAGUUUUGUCUGAACAGACAAGUGACUCAUCUGCCUUCCUAAAUUCCAUGUGUCUUUUAAAGUACAUACUCAACUUUGAAGAGCAUUUAUCAUAUUCUGACCCAGAUUAUCCUACAUCUGGGUUAACUGUAAGUGGAUUAGCAAAGAUUUACUGCAUACUGAAAACAAUGUGAUGCUAGACUUACUGAAUGUAUGCAUUAUCACAGGAGUGCAACACACAUGUGAUAAAGGCUCACAGUAUACAGAAGACAGGACUUCUGUCAUGUAGAUCUGUAACUAGAAUUGUACAUAUAUACAUGAUAAAAAUUGUAUUUUUUUAAUGUUAUGUUAGUAGUUUAAUAUAGAUAUUAAUGAUCUUCAUUUAAGCAAACAUCAGCCUAGUCUGUGACAUGGUUGAAGUGAGUACAGUAUUGAGUUUAGAAUAAUUAGUUUGAUGUCCAGAAGAAUAAAUAAAAACAGACAUUCCCAUGCAAAUUGUGCAUUUUCCUGACUCAUAAUUAGUUUCAUAUUUUUAUUACAAUCAUGCAGAGCAGAAUGAAUCAAAUGGCAGCAGAGAGAAGGAUACGUACAAAACAAAAAAUUUCAAAGAUAAAAAUGCACUGUUACAGAAGAAAAUGUGAAGAUAUGGCAGGUAUGCUGGGAGUGGGGGGAGAGCUUGUACAAAAAAUAGAUUGGAGAGACAAUGUAAAUAACAAAAUAUAGUAAAAAGGAAAGUUUCCUUUGUGUCUAAUCAUCACACUAUGAAGGUAUGUAGAUGAUGUGGAGGUGAAACUUCAACCUUCUAGCCCCUGGCAUAGAGGAUGGAGUAUAACAGGACUGUUAAGCUGUAACAGUCCAUCCACUUUCCACCAGGAUAAGAACCCAUUUUGCAUAUUAAACAGGGUGUUGUGAAGUCAGAAUCUCUACAAAACUCUGCUGUAUUUUCAAUCCUGGUUAUUCAGACUGUAUCCAGCCUAUUUACUGUCACAGCUAUCGCUGGUUAUAAAAAAUAAUUGUAGUAAGAUAAAGUUGUCCCUGUGCUUAACUAAUUAAGUACUACGCUAUGAAGGCAUAUGG